UAAUAAAAAAUAAAAGGUCAUAAUUUAGAAUUCCUAACUUGUUACGGGUUAUGCUUAUAAAAUAUAGGCUAUAAGCUCAUUCAGGCUUGAUAUCUACCAAGUCAUUUUAUGAAAUACUUGUUACCUUCAUAAACAUAAAUACUAAAUAACUCUAUCGGCCAAAAUGCACUUUUCGGGAUAUAUAUUUUAGGAUAAACUCAAUUAUUAUUAUUAUAUAUUAACUUGAAAUUAUUAUAGAUAUUCAUAACUUCAUAAUUUGGUACCUCUCAUUAUUACAGGUAUCAUUAACUCUGUCCAGGUAUAAUUUAAACAGGCAAAAAAAAAACUGAGAUACACAAAACUUCUUGUACAAAAUGUGUGACAUCAAGAAGGAAACUUUACUUAACAAAAACAAGGAAAUUGUAAGAACAGUAUCAAAUGCCUACGACGAAUUACGAAGUUUCAGAACAUGGUUGAAAUGGAUGUGUGUGGAUCAAUCUAACGCGUUUUCCGCUUGUCUCUCUUGGUUUGUUUUCAUACUGUUAGCUGUAAUCGUCCCUUGCCUUUCGCAUUUUCUUCUGGCAAGGGACGAUAGUGAUGCUGCACACAGUCGUCCAUAUGACAACGUUGUGCAGCUAUCACUUAGCAGUGUUUCUGCUUUGUCAUUUGUUUGUCUUUCUCAGUUUGUUAAGAAAUAUGGGCUGAGAAGGUUUUUGUUCCUUGAUAAGCUUUGUGAUGAGAGUGAAACAGUUAGAAGAGGCUACACUGAACAGCUCAAUAGUUCACUAAAGAUCUUAUUCAUAUUUGUCCUGCCAUGUUUUGCUGUUGAAUGCGCGUACAAGAUUUGGUGGUACAGUUCGGGUGGUACACGAAUCCCCUUCUUGGGCAACGUCAUUGUGAGUGACACUGUCGCGUGCAUUCUAGAGCUGAGUUCUUGGCUUUACAGGACGGUCGUGUUCUUCCUAGUCUGUAUACUUUUCCGGUUGAUAUGCUACCUUCAAAUUCUCCGACUACAGGAUUUUGCUCAGGUGUUUCACGUGGAUUCUGAUGUUGAAUCAGUGUUGAGAGAGCACCUGAGAAUUAGGAGGCACUUGAGGAUCAUUAGCCAUAGGUACCGGUCGUUCAUCUUGUGGGCAUUGAUGCUCGUUACAGCAAGCCAAUUCGCGUCCCUUCUCAUGACCACACGCUCAACUGCAGAUCUUCAUAUCUACAAAAGUGGUGAACUCGCGCUCUGCUCUGUCAGCCUUCUCGCCGGGCUGAUGAUACUGUUGCGAAGUGCAACCAGAAUUACACACAAGGCUCAAUCCGUUACGUGCCUUGCAGCCAAGUGGCACGUAUGUGCAACGAUAGAUUCAUUUGAUUCGACUGAGGCUGAUACACCAAUUACUCGAGCGACCUCUGACCACGUCUUUCCUGUAUGUUCUGAAGGAUCAUCUGAUGCUGAUGAUGUCGGAGAUGAAGAAGACGAGUUGGACAAUACGAAAUUCGUCCAUGCAUAUGCCUAUAGCACAAUUUCAUUCCAGAAAAGACAGGCACUAGUGACAUAUUUUGAGAACAAUAGAGCAGGAGUAACAAUUUAUGGAUUCAUGCUGGAUAGAAGUUCUAUUCACACCAUAUUUGGGAUAGAAUUGUCACUAGUUCUUUGGUUGCUUGGGAAAACCAUUGGCAUUUCUUGAAUUAUUAUUAGCUACAUGUUAUGUUACUCGGAUUUGACACAUACCUGACGAUAUUUUUGAAGAGUCCUAACAACAUAGUCAGUCAAAAACGGACUUUUUGACUUGUCCAAUCGUUGGAGUUUAAAGAUAUAAAAAUAUGAGAAAGAUGGAGGAAGUUUACCAAACACAAUUUACAAGUUUAUCGAUCCAUCUUCUCCUAGUGCUAGCCUCCAGGCUCCAGUUCAUUCUUCUUCAUUUCAUCAUUUUGUUGUGUUGUUCUGAUCAUAGGUCCGUCCCCUUCUUAAAAGGUGAGCGUGCAUAGCGAUCUAUUUAAUUGAUUGUUCAACUUUUAUAUCAUUUAUGAUAUCAUUUUUUUUAAUUUCUAAAUUAAAUAACUUAUCAAGAUGGAUUGUAGUUCUGAUGCCACCUUCAAUGGAGUUAUUUGAUGAAAUAUGUGGUUAUUUCAUGUUA